AGUCCACGAUAAUGCAUUGUUGUUUGCGUGGUCUCUUUGAGGCCGUGAGGUUUUCUUCCUCGGCGUCAGAGAUAAUCUAAGCGGUGCAGAUGCGCCCUUGUCUUAUCAGAGCUAAAAAAUCGUCAAUGCAGAUGUUGUCCUGCCCAAUUCUCGUCCAAUCACUCGCUGUGGGCGGGGAGAAGGGUCGCUUUAAAAGUUGCGGCUGAUGUCAGAGAGAGCAGGAUCUACUGACCCACACAGAGAACUCCAAAGCCGACAUCAUGGUUGAAUGGACAGACUUCGAGCGUGCCACCAUCAUGGACAUCUUUUCUAAGAUCGACUAUGAUGUCGUGGGCCCCAGAGCUCUUUCCAGGUGUUUGGUCGUCUAUCCUUGGACUCAGAGGUACUUUGGAAACUUCGGUAACCUCUACAACGCUGCUGCUAUCAUUGCAAACCCAUUGGUUGCAAAACAUGGGACAACAAUCCUGCACGGUAUGGACAGAGCCAUGAAGAACAUGGACAACAUCAAGGAGACCUACGCCGAGCUGAGCGUGCUGCACUCCGAGAAGCUGCACGUGGACCCCGACAACUUCAAGCUGCUGUCUGACUGCCUCACCAUCGUGGUUGCUGCUCAGUGGGGCAAGGAAUUCACUGGUGAGGUCCAGGCUGCGUUCCAGAAGUUUCUAGCUGUGGUGGUCUCCUCUCUGGGCAGACAGUACCACUAGAGAGCUGUGACGGAAGACCGACUCAUGUGGAGCUUUUAUGGAGAACCUUUUUGUUUUUGUCUCAAAAACAAAUAAAACAACAAACAAAUUCAACAACUUAAUUGUGUUUGUAAUUUUACUUCAAAUCGAUCCCUGUGUCUUUAAGACAUAAUGAAAACAAAGUUCUGAUGACAGUUAAACUCAGG